AUAACGUCCAACGACCAGCUCCCACUUCAAAGAUAGUUAUGCAGAUUGCUUGCUUUGGCAUUUUUCCAGAUUUGGAUCGGAAAGAAAUACAUUUUCCCAAGGUUAAGAAAUGGGAGACUGGUCCAUUCUUGGUCGCUUCUUAACGGAGGUUCAGAACCACUCCACGGUGAUCGGCAAGAUCUGGCUGACCAUGCUCCUCAUCUUCCGCAUCCUGCUGGUGACCCUGGUGGGGGACGCGGUGUACAGCGAUGAGCAGUCCAAGUUCACCUGCAACACCCUGCAGCCUGGUUGCAACAACGUCUGCUACGACACCUUCGCCCCAGUCUCACACCUGCGUUUCUGGGUCUUCCAGAUAGUGCUCGUCUCCACACCGUCUAUCUUCUACAUUGUCUAUGUGUUGCACAAGAUAGCCAAGGAUGAGAAGUUAGAGCCUGAGAAGAUCCAUGAGGUCGCCAAGCCUCCUCUUGCACGUGAAAGUCUCAAACAUGUAGGGGUGGAGGAUGGGGAAUCCCUGGAGGCCAGCAACCGCUACUUUAACCCCUGCUAUGAGAAGGAGUGGGGCGCCCGGGAGGGGGGGUGUGUGGAGCAGAGCCUGCUGGAGGAGGACUUGAGGGAGGUGGGGAAGGAUCCCACCGAGCUGUCCAGCCAAGUGCUGCUGACCUACAUCAUCCACGUGGUGCUGCGCUCCAUCAUGGAGAUAGCCUUCCUAGUGGGCCAGUACUACCUGUUUGGCUUUGAAGUGCCUCAACUGUUCCGCUGUGAGACCUACCCCUGUCCUAACUGGACUGACUGUUUUGUGUCUCGUGCCACUGAGAAGACCAUCUUCCUCAACUUCAUGUUCAGCAUCAGCCUGGGAUGCUUCAUCCUGAACAUUGUGGAGCUGCACUACCUGGGCUGGGUCUAUAUUUUCCGUGUGCUGUGCUCUGCCUGCUCUACAUGCUGCGAGCCAGAGAGGGACCCUGUGGAACUUGUGGACCUGUAUCACAACCACAACCCUCUGCUGCUGCAGCUCAAACACUCCCUACGAGGCAGGGUGGUCCUGCAGACCUCCCCUCCCAUGUCCCAGGAGAAGAGCAGUGGUGGGUUGCCCACCCACACCCCAGCCAUCUCCUUCGAAACUGACUCCACAGUAGAGUGCACAUCCAAGAGAAGCCCAGAUGAGAAAGAACGCACUAAGGCCAAACUGGCCAACAUAACUAAAAUAGGCAGAGGCAAGAAAUCCUGGCUGUGAACUGUCAAACGGUGUAUUUUUUCUUUCCGUUGAAUAUUCUUCUUUUGCUGCUUCUUCCAAUCAACUGAAGAUGGAUUACAGUUGUUUACAGUAAGACUGCAAAAGUAAUAGUCCUUUGAGUCUUUUGCAGUGAAUCUUUAUAAAUUCCAUAGGAGUACCCAUAGCCCGCAAAAGCAGUGAACACUGUAUGUGCUCACAUUUCUGUGUGUACAUGGGUAGAAAUGAUCAACUUUAAUAUGCAACCACUUUGGUGACUUGGUCGUUCCACCAAUUAGGUGCCGUUUGAGUAUUGAAAACAAAUAACAAGUUUUAUUUCACCUCAUUUUAACAUUCUAUCAUAAAGAGCACAUGUACAGCUUAAUGAAAAACACAUUUGCCCAUUUCAGUAGGUUACAUAAAACAAAUGACUAUAGUAUCUGCCUAAUAAGUGCCAAAUAAAGUAACAAGGUUGACCGUAACAGGAUUGAUGAUUUAAUCUUAAAUCAGCGAUAAAUCCCCUUGUGACAGGGGGAAUGCAAGCUUGUUGUGUGCAACAGGGAGGGGCAAUUGAAUGCAAGCUUCACCAAAAAUGUUUAAUUGUUAAAUCAUUUCUGGCCUAUCUAGGGGUAAUAGGAUUGAUGUGUUAUGCUGGACCUGCUUGAUUUUCCACCACAAAACACCAGAAAAUGGUCAUAAAGAGUAGAACUGGCAUUUACACAAUGAUUUGACUAUGAGAUCAUGUUCAGUGUCUCUUUUGAAUAGUUUAACCAUAACAGGGUUGACCUAAAAAAAUAUAAUCUUAAAAUGAAUCACUAAUGACAUAAAAUAAAUAAUACUCUUCAGAAAUGACUUUUCCAAAAUAACCAGGGCUUUAUAAUGAUGGUGAAAACUUGGAGAAAUGUUGUGGUUAAGUGGGUUAAAAAUCUUCCUAAAAGUCACAGAGGAUGCACAGAGGCACUUUAGUAAGUCUUGAAUUCAUAUACAAAAUCUGAUUGAUUGAAUUUUCCAUGUGGUCUAUAUUACAGGGCACUUCAUUAAAUAUAACAGGCUUUUAUUUGUGCAAAACCUUUACUUACCGUAACUUUAACAAGGUAUCUUGAGAGCUGUCAUCAAGGCAAAGGGUGGCUAUUUGAAG